AUGAGAGGCGCCGCGGCGGGCGGGGGCGCGAGGGGGAGACAAGGCGCUGGCCUGGCAGCCGCAGGGGGAAGAGCGGAAAGAGCAGCGGAUGCAGGUUUCCAGGCCAGGGGGAAGGGCGGUAAGGGGAAGGGAAGGGGCGGAGGCGGAGGCGGGGGAGAGAAGGGCGGGGGAAAAGGCGGAAGAGGAGGCGGAGGGGAAGGCGGAGCGGUAGGGGGGGCUGGGGGAGAGAAGCUGGCGCAGAACAGGACAGCGUAUCUGCAGGUGCUGGGGACGGGUAUGGACACGGGGGAUACUUCCCCCUGCGUGCUGCUGUUCUUCGAGCGGCUGCGCCUGGUGUUCAACGCGGGCGAGGGGCUGCAGCGCCUCUGCAUCGAACACCGCAUCAGGCUGUCAAAGGUGGACAAGAUAUUCCUCUCCCGCGUGUGCACCGAGACGGCAGGGGGGCUGCCAGGCAUGCUGCUGACACUCGCCAACACGGGGGAGACAGGUGUCACGGUGGACAUCUGUGGGCCGUCGGAUCUCCAUCGGCUGGCAGCAGCCAUGCGCUGCUUCGUGGGCGCAGCUUCGGUCCGAACCUCCAGCUUCGGCAGCAGCAGCCCUGGGCGUCAGUCGUACCCGCACGCCCCACUCCCUCCUGCGUACAUCAAAGCACAGCAGCAGCAGCAGGGAAGGGAAGGAGAGGUGAUGAGAGAAGAGCAACUGGAAAGGGAGAGCGGGAAAGAGGGAGAGAGUGGGAAGGAGCAGGAGGACAAGAGCGCGUACAUAGUGCAUGACGAUGGGGACGUGAAGAUCACUGCUGUGCUGCUUGAACCAGCAUUUCCAGAAAUAGCAGCAUCAUCAUCAUCAGCAGCAGCAGCAGCAGUAGCAGCAGCAGCAGCAGCUGCUUCCCACAACACCACUGCCACGAUUAGCAGCACGGUGCUCCCGUCGCCAUCCGCGUCCUUUAAGGAAUUGACUCUCUCGCAACUGAAAGAUGGCGGACUGGCAGGAGAGGGAUUCACAGGUGUCAGUUCCGAAGCGGCCCUCCCCUCUGCCACGUCAGCGAAGCGCCCCAGCCCUUCCGGCCCUGCUGACGUCAGCAGCGGGUGGGGCACAGUCAGCGCCGGAAGCGAGAAGAGGGCGAGGGUGGAGGGAGAGAGGAAGGAGGAAGAGGCGGGGGGUUCAGCUGCAGGAGCAACAACAGGAUUUGCAGCAGGAGCAGCAGCAGGGGUGGUGCCAACAGCAGCAGGUGUUGCGGCAUCAGUGGCAGCGCCAGCAGCAGCAGGGAUGGCAGCACCAGCAGCAGUGGGCAUGGCGGCGGUGGUGUAUGUGUGCGAGUUGCCGACAGCAGCAGGGAAGUUUGACCCCAAGCGAGCAGCAGCCAUGGGCAUCCGCCCCGGCCCCAAGUACCGGCGAUUGCAGAUGGGGGAGAGCGUUGCUAGCGAUGAUGGGAGCACCAUGGUUCACCCAUGUGACGUCCUCGAAGCAUCCGUCCCAGGCCCCGUUGUCCUCCUUAUAGACUGCCCCACUGCAAGCCACACGCAAGCCCUCCUGCAGUCACCGCAGCUGCAGCGAUUCUUCAUCAGCAACCGCCAGAAACCCAAGAGUGACAAUAACGGGGGUGACAAUAUCAUCAAGGGUGACAAUAACGGGAGUGACUAUAAGGAGGUGACAGUGGCUGUCCACGUGAGCCCAGAAGCUGUGGUGGAGGAGGAGCAGUAUCGGCGAUGGAUGGGCAUGCUGGGGGUUAACACCACACACAUGCUAGCUGGUCAUGGGAGGUACGCAGCUCAAUGUUGGCAUGUUAGAGUAAGGGGAGGUAUGGACAGUGGCUGUCCACGUGAGCCCAGAGGGGGUGGUGGAGGAGGAGCAGUAUCGGCGAUGGAUUGGGGAUGCUGCUGGGACCCAGCACCACACACGUGCUGGCAGGGCACGGCAGAACCCGUGAUGGGCUGGGCCCCCGCUCGACCUGAUUCUCCUCGCCUCCUCUCAUUCACCUCGCCUCCUCUCAUUCUCCUCGCCUCCUCUCAUUCUCCUCGCCUCCUCUCAUUCUCCUCGCCUCCUCUCAUUCACCUCGCCUCCUCUCAUUCACCUCGCCUCCUCUCAUUCACCUCGCCUCCUCUCAUUCACCUCGCCUCCUCUCAUUCACCUCGCCUCCUCUCAUUCACCUCGCCUCCUCUCAUUCACCUCGCCUCCUCUCCCCCGCUCACUCACCUCUUGCCACUAAAUCCACCUCGCCUUUUCGCCCUCUCCCCACCCGGUGACCUCAACAGCCUGUGGAAGGGCUCCCACUCGGCCCCAUUGUCAUUGCGCUCCUCUCACCUCCCCGUUCAAAGCCUAAUUCACCUCCCCUUGUUCGCCCUUUUCCCUCCUAUUCCCCACCCUGUCUUCACCCUCUCCCCUUUACAGCCGGUGGAUGGGCUCCCGCUCGGCCCCAUUGUCCCAGAAUCACAUUCUUUUGUCUUGUUUCACCCUCAUUGUAACCUCCUCUCUCCUCCCACCGUGUCCCCACCCUGUCUCCUCCCUCUCACCUCCUCCACUGCCAGUAGACGGGCUCCCGCUCGGCCCCAUUGUCAUUGCGCUCCUCACACCUCUCUCAAGCCCCUGAGUCACUUCUCCUUUUUACACCCUCUUUCCUCUCUCCACGCUCUCACCUCCUCCACAGCCGGUGGACGGGCUCCCGCCCGGCCCCAUUGUCAUUGCUCUUUUGCUCGAUUGAAUUCACCUCUCUUUUGUUCACCUUCUUUCGCCCCACCGUCGUCACCCCUGCAACCUCUACAGCCUGUAACUGGUCUCCCGCUCGGCCCCAUUGUCAUUGCCAAGAACCUUCUCAAGGUCAACCUGCGAGGCGCCCCUGUUUUGGGAGUUGACACGUCAGCAGUGCCGCCCGCUUUCAACGCCAGGAGCACUGUUCACCACUUGCUGCACAGCAUUCCGGAGCUUGAGGAAGCUUCCAGGAAGGUGGCUGUGGAUUGGGGAUUGGGGAGCAAGGCGAAGGAGGGGGAGAAAAUGGGAGAGAUGGAGGGAGAGAGGAUGGGAGAGGUGGAGGGAGAGAGGAUGGGAGAGAUGGAGGGAGAGAGGAUGGGAGAGGUGGAGGGAGAGAGGAUGGGAGACGAAGGGGAAGGGGGAGGAUGGAGAGGAAGUGGUGAGGGAGGGAGGAGUGGUGCUGUUGCUGCUCCUGCUGCUUCAGGUGCUGCUUCAGGUGCUGCUUCAGGUGCUUCAGGUGCUUCAGGUGCUGCUGCGUGGGGGGGUGCACCAGCGUGCAUACGGGGAAUGGGCAGGGAGGAGGUGGAGGUGGUGUUUCUCGGCACGGGCUCAUCCCAGCCGUCCAAAUACCGCAAUCUCAGCGGCAUCUACAUUCACCGGUUCGACCGCGGAGGGAUGAUUCUGGACUGCGGGGAGGGCAGCUACGCGCAGCUGACCAGACGGUUUGGGCCAGAAAAGGCAGAGGAGAUUAUAGCUGGUCUGAAGUGUAUUUGGAUCUCUCACAUCCAUGCUGAUCAUCACACGGGGCUUGUCAGAAUUCUUGCUGCCCGAAGAGACAUUCUUUUGCGCCGGACAGCUCAGCGGGCAGCUGAACGGGCACGUCCUGGAACAGAUUUUCAGGAAGCGGUUGAGAAGAUGAAGAGUGAGGAACUGGACAAGGAUACUACAGUGCAAGUGCCGCCCAUUUUGGUGGUAGGGCCAAAGCAGCUUCGGCGGUAUCUGGAGGCGUAUCAGACAUUCGAAAGCCUCCACCUGACGUUUUUGGACUGUAGCCAGACGACGAAGGAUGCCGCCACUCUUGCUGCUAAAGCAGGAACAGCAGGAGCAGCAGGAGUAGCAGCACAUAGUGCUGCUUCUGCAAGGGGCCUGGAUGGAGGGAUGGAGGAAGGAGAUGGGAGGGAGCAGUGUGGUCUUAUCUGGCAAAAAGAAAGCCAGUCUAAACAGCAGCAGCAGCAGCAGUCAGGGGUUUACCAACAGAGAACUGAAUCAGCCGUUAAAAACCUAGACAACCGGGAGAGCAGAGAGAGGGAGAGGAAGGGCCUGCGCCCCUUCUGGCUCAAAACAGGGUUCCACCUGGAGGACGGGGGUUUGGACGAGCCGGGCAGGCAGCAGCUGGGGGAGGUGUUAUCUGCGCUGGGGCUGGCCCGGCUGGAGAGUGUGCCUGUGGUGCAUUGCCCCCAGGCGUUUGCUGUGGUGCUGGAGGGUUGGGUGAGAGGGCGAGAGGGGGGGAGUGGGGAGGAAGAUUCCUGGAAGCUGGUGUACUCGGGCGACACUCGCCCGUGUGAUACUGUCAGGGUGGCGAGCCGAGGAGCUACAGUGCUGAUUCAUGAGGCGACAUUUGAGGAUGAUUUGCAGCACGAGGCAAUAGCCCGAAAACACAGCACGACGAGCGAGGCAGUGGAGGUGGGUGCGUCUGCCCCCGCUUAUCGCACCAUUCUCACCCAUUUCAGCCAACGCUACCCUAAAAUCCCCCGCCUCGCGCCCCCGGUGAAAAGUAAGAAGCAAGGAGAUGGUGGUGCGGGCGGCGGGGAUGCGGAGGGCGGCGAAGGUGGGAGUGCGGCAAUUGCGUUUGAUUUGAUGUCAGUGAAUUUUUGCGACUUGCCGAGGCUGCCGGAGUUGGUGCCGGUUUUCCAGCUGCUGUUUAGGGAUGCGCUGGAAGAGGAGGAAGAGGAGCAAGAGGAGGGAGGUUGA